GAAGGAAACAGCGAUGGAGGAAUAGUAGUGGAAGACUGCCUCCUCCUCCUGCAGAACCUGCUGAAGAAUAAUAACUCCAAUCAGAAUUUCUUCAAAGAAGGGUCAUACAUUCAGCGUAUGAAGCCCUGGUUUGAAGUGGGAGAUGACAACUGUGGGUGGUCUGCACAGAAAGUCACGAAUCUUCACCUCAUGCUGCAGCUGGUGCGGGUGCUGGUGUCCCCCACAAACCCCCCUGGUGCCACCAGCAGCUGUCAGAAGGCGAUGUUCCACUGCGGGUUGUUGCAGCAGCUCUGCACCAUCCUGAUGGCGACUGGAGUCCCCGCUGAUAUCCUGACAGAAACCAUUAAUACCGUGUCAGAGGUCAUUCGAGGAUGCCAGAUGAACCAAGACUACUUUGCCUCUGUAAAUGCACCUUCUAAUCCACCAAGGCCUGCAAUUGUAGUGCUGCUGAUGUCCAUGGUGAACGAGAGGCAGCCCUUUGUGCUCCGCUGUGCUGUUCUCUACUGUUUUCAGUGCUUUUUAUACAAGAACCAAAAAGGACAAGGGGAAAUCGUUUCAACGCUUCUGCCAUCUACCAUUGACGCCACAGGUAACUCGGUCUCGGCUGGUCAGCUGCUCUGCGGAGGCCUCUUCUCCACGGACUCCCUCUCAAACUGGUGCGCGGCUGUGGCCCUGGCCCACGCUCUGCAGGAAAACGCGACUCUGAAGGAACAGCUCCUGCGUGUUCAGCUCGCCACUAGCAUCGGCAACCCGCCCGUGUCGCUGCUGCAGCAGUGCACCAACAUCCUCUCGCAGGGCAGCAAAGUACAGACCAGGGUUGGACUACUGAUGCUGCUUUGUACGUGGCUCAGCAACUGCUCGAUUGCUGUCACGCACUUCCUGCACAAUCCAGCCAACGUACCUUUUCUCACAGGGCAGAUAGCUGAAAACCUUGGAGAAGAGGAGCAGCUCGUCCAAGGCCUGUGUGCACUUCUGCUUGGCAUUUCCAUCUACUACAACGACAAUUCCCUUGAAAAUUAUAGGAAAGAGAAGCUGAAGCAGCUGAUCGAGAAGAGGAUUGGCAGGGAGAACUUCAUUGAGAAGCUUGGCUUCAUCAGCAAACACGAACUUUAUUCCCGAGCUGCUCAGAAACCACAGCCCAGUUUUUCCAGCCCAGACCACAUGAUGUUUGAUCACGAAUUUACCAAGCUUGUGAAGGAAUUGGAAGGUGUCAUAAGUAAAGCCAUCUACAAGUCCAGUGAGGAGGAUAAGAAGGAGGAGGAGGUCAAGAAGACAUUGGAGCAGCAUGACAACAUCGUGACUCACUACAAGAAAGUCAUCAGAGAGCAGGACCGGGAGCUUGAAGAAUUAAAACAACAAAUUAACACUUUAAAAUCUCAAAAUGAACAGCUCCAAACAACAGUCACCCAGCAAGUGUCGCAGAUCCAACAGCACAAGGACCAGUAUAAUCUCCUUAAAGUACAGCUAGGGAAGGACACUCAGCACCAUAACUCGCACAGCGACACGUUCCAGAUGAACGGCAUUCAGACAGAAGAAGUGAGCAAGCUGAGAGAGGAGCUGGAGGAAUGGAAAAGCAAGCAUGAGCUGCUGCAGGGACAGCUGAGGGAAAAGGACUCUGUGAUUGAAACACUGGUCAGUGCCAGCUGGUUCAGCACAACUUGA